CCCAUCCUUCCCACCCCUCCUUCCUCCCCUCCCCUCCACGUCUCCUCCCUACUCGGUCUCCUCCCUUCCACUCCCCCUGCCCGGGGCUGCCUGUGCCUGCUCGGCUGCCUGCCUGCCAAGCCUGCUUUGCUCGCCUGACAUCACGGUUCCAGCUCCGCUCAGGGUUGGAAAGGAGAGAGCCUUCACCUCUCACAGCGCUUUUGUGAAGGAGCAGGAGAUGCUCGGAGCUUCCCCCUCACUGCCCUCCUACCCCUAGCCCACCAAAUCUUGGCUUGGGACAGUCACACGUCCGGAGGUCUCAACUUUCUUCAGGAGUAGAGCGCACCGCUGGGGCACCCCAAAAGGGAAGGGACAGAAGCCCCCAGGAACUUCACAAACUUCUUUGGGGCAGACCAGAGGGAAACCAGCAGCCUAAGCCCAGAGGAGGAUUUAGAGCCGCAGCUACUGAACAAAACUGUGCCCUCAUUCCUCUCCACCCCACCUCCGACCUCUACCCAGUCAUGGGGUCUGGAUGCUGCGCUUCGUCCCAGGACAGAAUGGGCUGGUCCACCAGGUCUCUGGCUUAGCCCCUGGGGUGCUUACCCCAGGGACUGCCCCAUUCUCCAGCCCCCCCUCCCCCGCUGCUGGAUGUCCUGCUUUUAACUCCAGAUUGUCCCUCAGAAAGGCUGCAGGGCUGGCACUCAUAGCCUUUCUCUGGCAAUUCCCUUUGGACUAUUCCAGUCCUCUGCUAUGGAUAGCCCAGAGCCCUACUCUGUGCAGGCCACGGCAGCCAUUGCAGCCGUCAUCACCUUUCUCAUCCUUUUCACCAUCUUUGGCAAUGCACUAGUCAUCCUGGCCGUGUUGACUAGCCGUUCCCUUCGAGCCCCACAGAACUUGUUCCUGGUUUCCCUGGCUGCAGCUGACAUCUUGGUGGCCACCCUCAUCAUACCCUUCUCACUGGCCAAUGAACUGCUGGGAUACUGGUACUUCCGACACACCUGGUGUGAGGUCUACCUGGCCUUGGAUGUCCUUUUCUGCACUUCCUCCAUUGUGCACCUUUGUGCCAUCAGUCUGGACCGCUACUGGUCAGUGAGCAGAGCCCUGGAGUACAACUCCAAGAGGACGCCCCGGAGGAUUAAGGGCAUCAUUCUCACUGUUUGGCUUAUUGCUGCCUUCAUCUCACUGCCCCCACUCAUCUACAAGGGUGACAAAGGCAAGAAACCUGGAGGCCGACCCCAGUGUAAGCUUAACGAGGAGGCCUGGUACAUCCUUUCCUCCAGCAUUGGUUCCUUCUUUGCACCCUGCCUCAUCAUGAUCCUGGUCUAUUUGCGGAUCUACCUAAUUGCCAAGCGCCGUAACCGCCAGGGGCCCCAUGGCAAGCAGGGCCUUGGUGAUGGGGACACUGGGCCCUCUGGCCCUGGUGGGGCAUCUGCAAUAUCUAAGCUGCCAUCCUCUGUUCUCUCAGCUGUGGGUGAGGCCAAUGGGCAUUCCAAGCCUCCUGGGGAAAGAGAGGGAGGGGAGCAGAUUGGAGACCCACCUUCCACACCUCCCAACCAGAGCUUUGUGGGGCCAGACGAUGGCAGUCAUAGGCAGGAGGAGGAAGAAGAUGAUGAGGAAGGAGAAGAGUGUGGGCCUUCAGCCCUUCCAACUUCCUCUUCUCCCCAAGGAACCCCAAACUUUCAGCCUCCCCAGGGCUCCCAGGUGUUGGCCACACUCCGGGGCCAGGUGCUCUUGGCCCGACAACCUGCCUCCCUGGGGUUGCAGCCAUGGAGGCGUAGAACCCAGAUGAACCGAGAAAAGCGCUUCACCUUUGUGCUGGCUGUGGUGAUUGGAGUCUUCGUCCUCUGCUGGUUCCCUUUCUUCUUCAGCUAUAGCCUAGGAGCCAUCUGCCCCCAGCACUGCAAGGUCCCUCAUGGCCUUUUUCAGUUCUUUUUCUGGAUUGGUUAUUGCAACAGUUCCCUCAAUCCUGUCAUCUAUACAAUUUUCAACCAGGAUUUCCGCAGGGCCUUCCGAAGGAUCCUUUGCCGCCAAUGGACUCAGACAGUUUGGUGAAUUGGGGUCCCAGUUAGGGUCCUUGAACCUGCCCUGUUUUAUAUAGUGGAGUCUUCGGGCUAGGCAGCUCCCAGUGGCCUUUUCUCUCUACCUAGUAUCUGAUUGUAGCCCUAGGCUCUUUAAAUCCCCCUCUUCUCGAUCAGCUGAGGAGCAUGCUGAGGAGAGUAUCAUGUGUGGACGAGUGUGUGUUUUUGAGUGUGUAUGUUUGUGUAUGUGUCCUGGAGCAUAAUUUUAUUUUUCCAGAACUUGGUGGGAUGGAGCAUUUGCUUUCCACCCUGUGUAGAGGCUGAGGCAGAGUGAGAUGAGGAUCCGAGGCCAAACGCUGGAGAAAACUUCACAAUGGAAGAGAGACAGCUUCUUUCCUCAGCCUUGCAGUCCCCGAUCAAACUGGGUACCUUUCCCUUCUCAGGGAGGCUGGCUUCCCCAAUCAGCCUUGCCUGAGUUCCCUGGGAGGGCGCUUACCUGGGAAUGUUUCCAAAAAGCAAGGAAGGCCAGACCUGGACGUUUCCAGGGAAGGCAAAUCUCCGAGGCGGUAGUGGAGUCAUCUUCUCCCUCCCCAACAGUACCCGCUUCCCUGCAGGGCUCUAAGAAUUGUUGGCGGUUUUGUAUCCUGGCGCUUCGCUUUUUCCGCCCUUCCUCUGGUUUGGGGCUCCUUUUCAGGAGAGCCUCUGCUUUGUUCCUUCGACUAGCUCCGCUGUGGGAUUCAGCAUGCCCUGCCUCUGCUUCACCCGGUGAGCCUGGAUCACAGGCACUUCCCUACUCGGUGCCUCAGUCUCCCCCCUCUGCAAAAACCGGGGCAACAAUAGCUUGCCGCCUACUCGCAGCAAGAAGAUGAAAGGGUUUGCAAAAAGCUUUGAGCUCUGUGGGGGAACGGGCUAGAGAAAUAGAGAAAUAGAAAAUGUGAUUAUCCGGUGAUAUAAAAAUCUCCUUUUUUCUGUGUUUACCACCA